GUCACACUGCCAAGCUGGCUUUGUUUUCAAUUUGACAUUUUUCUAUUAAAUGGAUAAUAUAGUUUAGUUUCUUAUAUAUAUUUGGAGAAGCCUGUUGGAAAUCUUUUUUUUUUUUUAACAAUCCGUACAACAGCAGAAUGAACCCAAACGGCAGCAACCAGACAGCGGUUCAGCCAUCAGCAAGAGAUAUUGUGCAGAACUUCAUCGAUGGCGUGGACACUGGGUAUGUGCGUGCAGAUCUAGCCGAUGACUGCAUACUCAGCCUUUUCGGGAGCCAAAUUAGGGGCGUCGUGGCUGUGACGGGCUUCCUCCGCACCCAGAUAUGGAACCGCUUCAAGCACAUUGGCUUUGAAGAGGCCCGCCCCUGCACUCUAUCGAAGGAGGUAUUCAUUAAGGAGUGGUACGGUCCAGCUUUCGAGCGAGUGCGCCGCCGGAUGCACGAGCAGAAGGAACGAGCCCGCGCCAUUUCGGAUGGACGGCGCAUUGCGGUGGCCGAUUCGGACGUGGAGGAGGAAGUGCUGUCACCCAGUUCCCCCCAUCUCGCUACACCACCACGUCCGGCCGUCAGACCCGCCGUGGAUAUGCUGCAGUACGUCGAGGCCAGGGGUGUGAUGGAGAACGUCGAGGGGAACAGAUAUGACGGCGGCAUUCAGCUGUACAACACGCAGCACGUCCUGUUGACGCUGGGAUAUCGUCAAACUGCGACGGCCAACAUUAGCCUGCGCGACAUUGAAGUCUGCCUGGCCAUUUACGAGAACUACCGCACAUUUCCACGGCAACGCCAACGCGGAUCUGUUGCCAUCUCAACCAAUCCCCUGUCAGAUGACGAGGCCGAGGAAGCAGCCAGCUACCAUCCGGCAAGCCAUAUGAGCAGUGUGCGGCGUAUUCUCUUCGCUGGGGCUGAGAGCGGGGAGCCGGAGGAUUCAGUCGAGCCCGUUCCAGUGGAGCCCUCUCGCUCCAGCUCGCAGUCCGAGGGCCAAGUGGCACGAAUCCGGCCGCCGCGUGCUGGAGAUGGCACAGGAGAAAUGCCCGCCAGUUCCAGUUCUAGACACACAACACGCAAGCGCCGCCAGCAGCGUGAAACCGAGGUGGCGCCCAAGCGCCCGGGACGCUACGGCAUGCGCUUCUAGGACCAAUGUUUAGGUCCAAUAAUCAGCUUUUCAUUUAAGUUUCUUAUUAAUUAGUUUCGGUUUUAGAUCCCGCUAGCACAAUUUGUAAAUUAGUCUAUGAAAUUCGCCCUUAUAUAUCGGCAUUUUUGUAUGCCAUGCAUACGAAAUCCCAUCCCACACCCCAAACACAUUCACCCAACACCCGCGCCCACCGUUUAGGCAAGGCAGGAGUAUUCUAGAUGCUAAAGACUGAUUCCACUUAUUUGGGCAACACACUCCCCUAUUCCCUAAUCACCCAACCCACUAUUCUCGAUUCCACAAUUAUGUACUGUGUUUACAUAAAUUCUAUAUUAUAAACUUAUUUAUUGAAUUUCGAUGUUAUAAAUUAAACCAAAAUCAUGAAA